CAGAAAGUCACGGUCACCGUGACAAGUGGUGCCCUCAUUAGCGGCAGAACUCGUUACGACGCGUUCAUCAUGGACAGUGCUGAAUUCCACGCUGCGGUCAGUCAGUGUCAUGGAAGAAUGUAUCUAAUUGAAGCCUCAUUCUCAGGUUUAUGACACGGUUCGGCUUAUUCCACAACAAAAGGUGACGUCCUACGGACACAUAGCAAAACUCAUCGGAAUGCCAAACCACUCACGUCACGUUGGUCAAGCACUCAAGUUUCUGACCCCUGGUACGAACCCACCUAUCCCAUGGCACCGUGUUGUAUCCUCUUCGGGCGCGAUUUCAUCACGUGGGCCCGGGACGAACGGUGCACAGCGCCAGAGCGACGCGCUCGAGGCGGAAGGUGUCGAAGUCACUGUGACAGCGGGCGGUCAGAUGAAGGUCGACUUCAGGGAGUGCGGGUGGUUUCCUGAGCCUGGUACAAUAUGAAUUUCAAGGACAUUUACUUUCGUUACUAAACAUUUGUGACUAUUGACACCAACUUUCCGAAGUCGGGACUGCACUUGGGUUCAGUAUCUGGUGAUAAGAGACUCCGUUUUUUAAGGAGAUGCAUUAUCGCCACUCACCGGGAUCCCAUCCUGUAGUCGCCUUCGGAUGAAGUCAGCCAAAAAGACCCAAGACAUGAACACUCGACACUUGCAUUGAACCCAGGGGUACCGCAUCUGAAACCAAGCUCAGCGAUCUUGACCAAGACGAACGUAUUUGCAGACUCACCCAGGAUUGCUGCCGACCGUGAUAUCGUUCAGACCGGCAACGCCGACGGUAUAAAGGAGCGGGUUGAGGAAUCCCAAAGGUGGGAGACGCUUUCUGAGCCUUGCAUCAUUCAACUGCGCAACGAAACCAGCGAAUGCGGGGGACGACGCUGAGGUUCCUGAAACUCCAGCUGCGCGUCCGCCAAUGAAAACUCGGAAGCGCUCUGAUUGUGCGGAGACGUCGGGAAUCGCCUUCGGAUCGCAUCAGAGUCCAGAUUCAUGUGAGAUUAUGGAUGCAGCUCACACGACCGCUCGCAUUGAAGAGACCCUGCUGUGAAAGGUCGGCAUUGUGGCAGAGAUACACGGAAAAUCGACGCACGAUGGCCGAGAGAAGUAAUUGCUGAAUCCCCCGCCGCUGAAACUUGCCGCAACUUCUGGGAAAUGAGUUGUGCCGCCAACUGCAGUGACG